AUGGCUGCAUCUUCAACUACUGUCGGAGAUGCCUUUCUCUCUGCACCUAUUCAAACCAUGAUAGACAAACUAACUUCAACGGACUUUCAAGAUUACGCCAACAACAAUAAGCUAAGUCUCUCCCUUGUGACGCAGUCGCAAACAGCACUGCUAGCUCUUGCGCCUGUGCUGGAUGAUGCUGAGAAGAAGCAGAUCCACUAUCCUGGUAUCAGAAAAUGGCUUGAUGAGUUAAAAGAUGCAAUCUUCGACGCAGAGGAUUUGCUGAACCAAAUUAGUUACGAUUCUCUGCGGUGCAAGGUCAGGAAUCCGGGGUGGAAUUUUCUUUCAUCUCUUUUUAAUACCAGUGAAGAUUUCAACUCCCAAUUAAAGACUGCGUGUGAGAGACUGCAGCUUUUUGCACAACAGAUAGAUAACCUUGGCUUGCAAACGGUAAGUCAUAAGGUUCUUCCUACAGCCUAUAGACGUUCAACUGCAAUAUCAUCCGUAAAUGAAUCUUUUAUUGUUGGUAGGGAAAACGAUAAACAGAAAUUAAUUAAGAUGUUGCUAUCUGAAAGAGAUAAUGACAAAAAUAACUUAGGCGUUGUUGCAAUUGUAGGCAUCGGAGGUCUGGGUAAAACGACCCUCGCCAAACUUGUUUACAGCGACUUCAGAGUUAAGAAUCAUUUUGAUCUAAAAGCCUGGGCUUCUGUGUCUUUAGAUUUUGAUAUUUUGGAAAUAACUAGAAGUCUCCUAAAAACUGUCACUUUAGGAAACUGGGAUACCAAUGAUCUUCAUAUUCUCAGAGCUGAAUUGAAGAAAAACUUAAGGGGCAAAAGAUUUUUGUUUGUGUUGGAUGAUGUGUGGGAGAGAGUAUAUGAUAAUUGGAUUGAUCUCGUAAGUCCUUUUGUUGGAAAAUCAGGAAGCAAGGUGAUCAUCACAACACGUAACCAUUCAGUUGCAACGAUGACAGGUGCAUCACAUAUUCAUACAUUAGGUGCUCUAUGGGAGUCAGACUCUUGGUCUUUACUCUUAAAGGAUGUCUUUGCUUUUGGGGGCUCUGUAGACCCAAUGCUAGAAUAUAUUGGCCAGAGCAUUGCAAGAAAGUGUGGCGGACUGCCACUAGCUCUUAAGGCACUUGCAGGACUUCUACGUACUAAUCUAGAUGCAGAGUAUUGGGAUGCAAUUUUGAACAGUGACAUCUGGGACUUACCAGCAAAUGAUGUCAUGCCGGCAUUGCAUGUGAGUUAUCAAUAUCUUCCUUCUCACUUGAAAAGAUGUUUCACUUAUUGUUCCAUUUUUCCAAAAGAUUAUCCACUUGAUAGGAAGCAACUGGUUUUGUUGUGGAUGGCAGAAGGAUUGGUUGAGAAAUCUCUAGAUUCAAAGGAAGCCGAGAAAAUAUUGGGUAAGAGUCAAGUCGGGUUAAGUAUCAAAGAGCUCAGAAAAUUUCAAUACUUACGAGGAAAACUUACUAUCUUGAACCUGCAUAAUGUCAUUGACUCCAUGGAGGCAUUUGCUGCAAACUUAAACAGCAAACAACGAAUAGAGGAGUUAGUGCUACAAUGGGGUGAGCAAACUGAAUACUGUGAAGUACAGUUAGCCGUGCUUGAUAUGUUGCAACCAUCAAUAACCUUGAAGAAACUGAGUAUUAACUACUAUAGUGAAAAAAUCUUUCCAAGUUGGUUGGGAGAUUCUUCAUUCUCUUCCAUGGUGUACCUUAGCAUCAGUAAUUGUGAAUAUUGCCGUACACUUCCACCACUAGGGCAGCUGUCUUCUCUGAAGGACCUAAGGAUAGAUGGUAUGAAGACGUUGAAGACAAUUGGCCCGGAGUUCUAUGGCAUGGUAGGAGAAGGUUCUAAUUCUUCAUUCCAGCCAUUUCCGUCCCUACAGAAUCUGCAAUUUAGAAACAUGUCAAGUUGGAAAGAAUGGCUUCCCUUUGAAGGUGGAAAAUUUCCUUUUCCUUGUCUCCAAACUUUGAGGUUGCGGAACUGUCCUGAACUGAGAGGACAUUUGCCCAACCAUCCUCCUUCCAUUAAACAAAUCGUAAUAAUUGAUUGUGGUCGUCUCCUGGAAACACCAUCCACUCUGCAUUCCCUCUCAUCCUUGGAAAAUAAAAAUAUUGUUUACCUAAAAUGA